AUGCUGCCGCAUCAUAAAAGUCCCCAUACUCCAAACCAACGCUUCGUUCCCUUAUCCGCGACCAUCGUUGAACCGUUGCAUCUCCCGAAGACCAGCCGUGUCGGUCGCGGAUACCUGCGAUUCAAGAAGGCGUGCGAAACCAUUUUCGCCGAGAUGAGCUCGGCCGGCGACGAGCUCGACGAUGAAUCUGAUGGCGACGAGCUCGUGAAGACGGAUCCGAAGAUAGCAGGGCGCGGCUGCACGGCCCAAGCAACUUGGAGCAGCGAUGGGAUUCGCGAAGUAAGUGAAGAAGCCGAUCAUGUGACGGUGAUUCACGAAGGAAAGAACAAGGGCAAUCAUCCUUCAGCAAGGCAACGACGCUUAGCGACCAGACUGGCCGCGCUUAGAUAUCUUGCCAAACACGGAUGGGACGAUAUCGGCGGCAGCGAGGCUACGAAAACCUCGAAAGACGGACAGGAAAAAGCCGAAGGAAAUAUCCCGCGUUGA